AUGUCCCAGUCUCCGAUCACCAGCCAACAACAGAUUCAAAGCGAUAAAUUAUGCUACCCGCCAUGCAUCUAUAUCACACCAGAGGAAAAGAAACUGUACAAAAAGCUGAAAGACGUCUACCUCGACAACUACACCACCUGGGAUGCUGAAUCCCGCGAAGCGUGGCCUUACAUUGUCGAACACGCAUCGCUUCCAAAGUCGACCGUCGGCAAAAUGACAAACCAUUCCAUUACGCGGAACAUGAUGUGCACCAAGGUGACGUGGGCUCACGUCGUUGCCCUUCGAAUCAUCUACAAGGCGCAAAUCUUCAAGAGCAAGAAGAUCAUGAAGCUCAUCCGAGACAAGUACCCAAGGGGCAACUUCAACACAUAUGCCUUCCACGAACACUACAGGACGCACGUAAAGGUUGACGAGAAUGUCAAAGCAGAAAAGGCAGCGCAAAAGAGCCCUGCUGUUGCUCUCAACGCACGUGAGCCACGGGAUUGCGUGGAGCGGCCGGUUGGAGAAGCUUCACAGCCCGCUGCUCGGCGUCUGAACGAGUCCUCCAAUGGUUUCCUCAGUGAUGAGGAGGAUGCUCGGCAGAGUACAUGGAUCGUUGCUGCGCCCAGUUCUACCAGACGUGAGCCUACCUCCGCGGCCGAGAACAGGGGAAAAGAGGGCCAUAUGGCAAUGAGCCAGCAAGACAAGGACGGUGCAAACCAUCGACAGCAUGUUGCAUAUCCGUCAAAUCGGCGAAAAAGGGCUCUCCCCGAGGACAUUGAAGGAGAAAGCGAAAUCAGUCACAGUGCCGCCCGAGAUCUCAAGCAGAGGAAGGGAAAGCCAUCUACUGCAGCCAACGACGACCGCACACACGCCACGAGCUCAGGCAAAGGGCGGCAUCGCGAGAGAGAAGGGAGGGGCUGCUCCCACAGAGAAAAGGAGGACCGCGACGAUGAGCUAGACCGGUUUAUUCAGGCGCUGACAGGCUUUGGCAAGUCCCUAUCGGAGCAUAGCAAGGCUGUGCAUCGCAACUCGGAGCUACUCGAGAGACUGACUGAGCAGAUACGGAAGAGAGGAUCGAGAAGGGCUUGA